AUGGAUAUCUCCCAGACGGUGGAGUUUUAUAUGGGCUUUCUUCUUCUUAUGUACAGUUUCGCUGUGCCAGGAGCCUGUACCAAGCAAUUUCGUAAACAAAGGAUAAAACUCUUUGGUCUGCCAAUCCUUGGGAAUGUCCGCGUUCUCGUACAGAUGAUUGCCCAGAUAGCCCUAUCCAACGAAUAUAGAGUAGAAGACACUGAUCUGGGCAGAGAAAAGACUCAGGCUUUCAGUCCUGAUAGCGAGAAUUUAGUCGAUAUUGCCCCUGAGGUACUUGAUCGAAUAUCGGUCGCCACUCCCAUCGCUUCUUGGGACAUUGAGCCGCCCAGUGACCAGGGUCGCCGACUUUCGGGAGUGAUCAGCAUGGUUAUCGAAGCAUGA